GGCUUGUUCAGUGCGCUACCGACAUUCGAUGUUAGCGGACGCGGAUCUUCCUCUCCUCAGGUCAAGGAAAGGCAGAAUCGGUGUUGAGUGGUGAUCGGCUUGGAUUUGUGAAAGAGUGAUUGAUCUAGUGCGCGGUGGAACACAAUGAAUGGAAGAAUGGAAUUCUGAUGAAAAUAAAAAAAAAUCAAUUGAUCAAUCGGUGGAUGAAAAAAAAGUGAUAAUUUGGUCUAUGCUAUAGAAAAAAUGAACUAAUCGAGUUCAAAAAUAUCAGUGCAAAAAACCGUUCUUUACAUUGUGGAAAAUCCGGUUCAGUUCGAUUCGAUUCAGUGAAUGUGGUUGACAGAAUAUCUGGUGACAUUUGAUCCUUCAGAGAUUAUAUAAUUUAAGUAGAAAGAAUCUGCCAAACAUUUGAUUGUCGUACAAAAAUUCUCGAAAACAGUAAACGAACGAUUGUAUAAGGAUUGGAUAUUUUUUUUCUAAUCGGAUAGUCCCGAAAUGUGUUAUAACAGAAAUAAACUGAAGCUGGCAACGUUACUACCCUACUAUCGUAUGGCAGAACUAAUCAACUUUAAUCAUGUGCUCAAUGAAAAAGUUAUCUAGAAGUUUCCUCAAAUCAAUAAAUAAUUUAUUAGUGAACGAAAAAGUGAAACUAUUAAAUUUAUGAUUUUGAAAAAUUCAUAAUUUUUUGAAAAGUGAAGUGCGGUAUAUAAAUAGUGAAAAAUGUCGAAGAAAAUGAUAGCCACUUUGGUACUGGGAAUGCUGUUUUACAGCCAGAUCGAAAGGGGAUCAUCAUACAAGAUUUCUACGUCUGACCCGGAAGUGAUUCGGAUAAAUCUAGGAAAUAAGCGACUUGUGAAGGAAACUGUUCCUCUCAACUCUAAACUGUUAAUCAAGUGCAACUUCGACACACCGAUCUGGUACAAAAACGGCAAACCGAUUCCAACUGACAACAGGAGAGCGAAAUCAUUAAAAUUCAACGCUGUCAAACGAACCGAUGCCGGGUACUAUUCGUGUGGGUCGGAGUUCAGCGAGUGGUCAAACUUGACCCUGUCGGUGUUCAGUCAACACGAGGCGGCCGAUAGCUACCAAAAUGAUUCGCCAGGAAGCGGCUCAGGCGGUGCAAGUGUUGCUCGUAUUGCCAAUCUGGAGAAGAAAAGCUUGCUUUCGGCAAUAAUCGUAGAAUCGUCGAAAGGUACCACACCACGAGUACCUACGGAAAUUGUUGACAACUAUCUUCUCGAAGGACCUCCGGUGUUCGUGGUUGGGAGUAAAGAUCAAGUAAUCAAUGUGAUGCGAAAAGCAGGGGAUAGUUACAAACUGAAGUGCGAGAUCAUGGGGGAGCCCAAGUUUCGAAUAAGUUGGAUUAAAGAUGACAGAAUGUUGAAUACAAAGGUUGGAAAUAAAUCUAGUAUACUUCUGCGCUCGUUAGAUCCAGAAGACAGUGGAGUGUAUGCAUGCAAAGUUUGCAACAGCAACGGGUGUGUUAACUCCACUACUAAGCUAGAAGUAGAGGAUAACCCAGAAGUGCCUUAUAUUCAGUAUAACAACAUGGAAAGUCACUCACAACUAUCGGAUAGUGAAGAACCAGAUAGUCCUGACUACGUAGAUGACGAACACAAUUAUCUAGACUAUGAAGAAACUGAUGACGAAGAGGAUAAUGAAGAAGAAACUGGAGUUGUUGAGCAAGGGGCUCCUAUUGGAGAAACCACGGAGAAUCAUCCAACCGCCGUAGUCGCCAAUGGCGAAUUGAGCCCUGGACUGCCAUUUUUUACUAAACGUGAACACAUGGUGGGAUUGAUGCCAAAACCAUCCGGUAAUAUGGUCCGUCUUCGCUGUCCAGCGGACGGCAAUCCGAUGCCGAACAUAACAUGGACGAAGGACAACCAAAAAAUAGUGCGCAGCAUGGGUUCGGUCAAGUAUGCCAAGUGGUCGAUCGUUUUGGAAGAUUUGGUACCGAAAGAUUCCGGAGCGUACACGUGUAAUGUGUGUAAUGACUUUGGAUGUGUCAGCUUCACCACUAAACUGGAAGUGAAAGAUCGCUUUCCGGCGCGUCCUUAUAUCAAGGAAGGUUUUCUACAAAACACUACCGUAUUGGUAAAUUCAACGGCCAUGUUUGAGUGCCGGACGAUUUCGGAUCUCGAACCACAUAUCGAGUGGAUUAAAUUCCACAUCAUCAAUAUGGCUAAUCCGGAGAUACCGGAGAAUAUUACCAAGUUGGAGCGUGACUCGGAUAAUCCAGAAGUUCUUAGUCUCGAGAACGUCACCCAUGCAGAUGAAGGAUGGUAUACCUGUGUGGCGGCGAACACACUCGGUGCAUCCUAUGAGAGUGCGUAUCUUCGUGUUGUGGAUGAAUUCCCGGAGGACGACGCACCAACGGCGCAUCCUGUCAGACCACACUCAACGCUUAUAACGAUAAUGACUACUGUUCUGUCGGGAUGUUUCAUGAUUCUCGCAAUAAUAGUUGUGAUCGUGUGUAAGAAACUAAAACGAGAAAAGAUGAAACAUCGUGCCAUGGAACAUGUCAAUCAAUGGACAAAAAAAGUAAUCGUGCUGAAGCAGCCACCUAUAGAGAAUAACAUUCCAGGUGUUACGGAGGCUAUGCAAAUGCCGAUCGUUCGAAUAGAAAAACAACGGUCGACUCUGGUUCAAAGUGGAAACUGUGACCCAACGCUGAUCUCCGAAUACGAAUUUCCCAUCGAUCUAAACUGGGAGUUUCCACGCAAUAAGCUAGCACUAGGUAAAAAUCUCGGCGAGGGUGCCUUCGGUAAGGUUGUAAUGGCAGAAGCUCAAGGGCUAGUCAAAGGACAAACUUCCACUGUUGUAGCGGUCAAAAUGUUAAAAGAGGGUCACACUGACGCCGAUGUUAAAGAUUUGGUAUGUGAAAUGGAGGUCAUGAAAAUGAUUGGAAAACAUGUCAACAUCAUCAAUCUGCUUGGAUGUUGCUGCAAAGACGGACCAUUGUAUGUUAUUGUCGAAUAUGCACCACACGGAAACUUGAAGGAUUUUCUACGAAGUCACCGUUUCGGAACGGCUAAUUAUGAAGAUUCGAUUAUCGGAGAGAAAGAAAAGAAAAUCCUUACAUUGAAGGAACUGAUAUCGUUUGCCUACCAGAUUGCGCGUGGAAUGGAACAUUUAGCAUCACGCAGGUGUAUUCAUCGUGACCUGGCAGCGCGUAAUGUACUGGUUAGUGAUGGAUUCGUUAUGAAGAUUGCCGAUUUUGGACUAGCGCGCGACAUCCAUAGUCAAGAGUAUUACCGGAAAACAACGACGGGAAAAUUACCGAUUCGGUGGAUGGCCCCAGAAUCUCUCGAAGAGAAAUUUUAUGACUCCCAAAGCGACGUCUGGUCAUUUGGAGUAUUACUUUGGGAAAUUAUGACGCUCGGUGGAAAUCCUUACUCUUCUAUUCCUACCUGGGAUAACUUGUUAGAGCAUCUGAAGAAGGGUAAGCGACUGGAGCAACCACCUCUUUGCCCAAUUCACAUCUAUGUGGUGAUGCGAGAAUGCUGGAACUACAAGCCAAAGGUGCGACCAACAUUCAGCGAGUUAGUUCAAAAUUUGGACCGACUGGUUGCGAUAACAUCCAACGAGGAGUAUCUGGAUCUCGGAUUACCGACUCUGGAGACGCCACCGUCUAGUGACGAGGAGUCAGAUGACAACGACGGCUGCGAACGGAUGCGAAUGUACCCAUUCAAUCACAGCCAUACUACCGAAAGUACCUUUUGAUAGACGAAGAUACGAUGCCGAGCCAUGGACACUGUAUUACACGAGCGCGGAAGUAAAUUCCGCGAGCAUUUAACAUUAGGAAACAUCUGUUUUAAAACGAGUAUGAUUGAUUUUAUGCGUAUGUGUGAGUGCGAUAGUAUUUUGUUAUUUGUUAAGAACAAAGCACAAGACUGUAUUUAUUAAAGUGUUUUAAUUUUUAUGAAAUCCAACUAAUCAAUCAACUACAUCGAGAGAAGUGAGCAACUAGUCAGGAAAUCCUGCAUUCACGAAGCUGAGGCCAUAAGAAACGUGUCCGUAUUGAGUAAUAACUGUAAAUACAAUAUUAAGAAUAAAUAAGGGCAUUGAAUUUAAGAUGAAUGUCAAACAAGACCAAAGCGUAUUAUAACAAAUAUAGAAGAAUACUCGUAAAAAACUUACAUGACAUCGUAAUAUACUGUACAGAUUGAACUCACCGUAGAGUCAAACAGAAAUCAAAGAGUGCCAGAUGCAAUAUUACUUGUAAUAAUUUCUAACAUACGUACAUUUAGAGAAAAACAUUCAUUGUGCAUGAAAUGAAAAGCUUCUGUCUGUGUAUAUAAGCAAAGGAAAUGAACUGUGUCGAAUUAAGUAAGUUGCAAUUGAAAAUACAUGAAAAUGAACAUUUAUUGUAGUCUCCGUUUUCCUUCAUCUCCAUCGAUAAUCGCACAAACUGAAAUGCUAGUGAAUAAUCAACAAUGCAUGACUUGAUGUAACAUGAAAAUACAAAAUAGUACAAAUUA